AUGCGAUCUUGGGUGACUGGAAAUCUUAGAAAAGUACAAUUGAUUCCAAUCUUCUUUCGUUUCCCUCCACCAGACGGUCUGCAUGCAAGAUUGUCGAACCGUCUACCAAUCACUGCCCAUCAGACACUCUGCUUUGGCGAUUUGGCCUCCUCCUUCUUCGACUGUCUGGCCUUCCAGAUCUUUUCGUCCGUCGGUGGGACUGAACUGACGCCCAUCGUCAGAUCUGUUGGCUCUUCUGCUGGCGAAACGGUCGAGGGUCUCGGACCAAACGUGACUCGACUGCUCAGGACAGUUCAUGCAUUGGCCGUCAGCAGGAGCUUGACUUGUCAAACUGGCCCCAAAGCAAUGAGCCUGAAAUGGACCGAUGUCGACUGUCUGACACAAGUGCUGCUGAUCGUCUCAGACAUCGUGACACGCCCGGAGAUGAGGGAAGGUGCGAACUGA